AAGCCAACUCUUAACCAACGCACCACUCGGCUGGCCCCCAUUUCUCUUUCGACUCUCCUCACUUCAGUGGGGUGCAGCCCCGUGUAGCUGACCCGUCAGAGAUCGCUCCAAGAAUGUGAAGUGCUUGGAUGAGUGUGCAAACCAUCCGGAACGUCUUCAGUGUCGAAACUGGCUAUCGGCUCUCAGAUGAUCAAAUAGUCAACCAUUUCCCGAACCACUACGAACUGACCCGGAAGGAUCUGAUGGUGAAGAAUAUUAAAAGAUACAGGAAAGAGCUGGAGAAAGAAGGGAGUCCUCUGGCAGAAAAAGAUGAGAAUGGAAAAUACCUCUAUCUGGACUUUGUUCCGGUCACCUACAUGCUGCCUGCCGACUACAACUUGUUCGUGGAAGAGUUCAGGAAAAGCCCCUCCAGCACCUGGAUCAUGAAACCUUGUGGCAAAGCCCAGGGCAAGGGCAUCUUUCUGAUUAACAAACUCUCACAAAUCAAAAAGUGGUCCCGGGACAGCAAAACAUCCUCGUUUGUGUCUCAAUCCAAUAAGGAAGCCUACGUGAUCUCGCUCUAUAUUAACAACCCGUUGCUAAUUGGCGGGAGGAAGUUCGACCUGCGCUUGUAUGUCCUGGUGUCCACGUACCGCCCGCUGCGCUGUUACAUGUACAAGCUGGGGUUCUGCCGCUUCUGCACGGUGAAGUACACCCCCAGCACCAGCGAGCUGGACAACAUGUUUGUUCACCUCACCAACGUCGCCAUUCAGAAGCAUGGGGAAGACUACAACCACAUCCACGGGGGCAAGUGGACUGUGAACAACCUGCGGCUCUACCUGGAGAGCACCCGAGGCAAGGAGGUGACCAGCAAGCUGUUUGACGAGAUCCACUGGAUCAUCGUACAGUCGCUGAAGGCCGUGGCCCCCGUGAUGAACAACGACAAGCACUGCUUCGAGUGCUAUGGCUACGACAUCAUCAUAGACGACAAGCUGAAGCCCUGGCUGAUAGAGGUGAAUGCGUCCCCAUCACUCACCUCCAGCACCGCCAAUGAUCGAAUCCUUAAGUAUAACCUGAUAAACGACACCCUCAAUAUUGCGGUCCCUAAUGGUGAAAUUCCAGACUGUAAGUGGAACAAGUCGCCCCCAAAGGAAGUUCUUGGCAAUUACGAAAUCCUGUACGAUGAAGAGCUGGCGCAGGGGGACGGGGCUGACCGAGAGCUGAGAAGUCGGUCGGGCCAGUCGCUGGGGUCCAGAGGGAUCCGGUCAAGAGACUCAGGGAGAACUGUCCUCACAACCUGGAAAUGACCACCAGUGAUGACAGUGAGACUCCAGCUUGGACCCCCCAGAACCACUCACUGCACCCUAAAGACCUAUGAGUAUUUUGAAAUUUCCUUUUUCUAGAGCUUUUUUCCUUUCCUAAGUCCUGUAAAUAAAUAAAGACACUUCUUUGGA